UACACCAAUCUGAUACUACUCCUAUGCCUCAUGAUAAAGUAGGUAAUCGGAUUUAUAAGUAUAGGGGUGUUAUUAAAGAUACUGCAACUAGGUAUCGUCGUAGUUUUGCUUUGACUGACAAAUCAUCAGCACAAAUGGCUAAGAAUAUUCAAAAAAUUUAUGAUGAUCCUAAGGAGCCUCUCUCUUGGCCGAAUU